UCCACUGCUGUAUCGGUUCCAACAAACACAGAAAUUGACCCAAUAACCGCGUGCCCUGUCACAACUGAGACGUCAUCAACAUCUACUAUGACGUCAGAACCGAUCUCCGGAUCAUCUACAUGUCCAGGUGCAACUGUGGAUAUUCAACUAUCUAUUUUAACCAACACUCAAUCAAAGACCAUAUAUUCAGCAUAUGCAAGUAUCAGUGAGGGUGAUCCUGUGUACCCAAGUGUAUUUACAUCCGCAAAUAUCUUUCCUGAGACGAACUCAUUGACGUCCCGUUCAGUGAAUUCUCCUGAGACAUCCGUCAUAGAGACUGAAGGUUCUUCCAAAUCACAUUCUACAUCCACAAGUCGCAUGUACUCAGUCGCUGUUUCAAUGAUUUCCAGUUCUGUGAAGACAUCCGUCAUUGAGACCGAAUCUAUCGAAUCACAUCUGACAUCCACAGUGACAUCAAAUAAGCUUACUCCUAUCAGCCUGUAUCCAUCCACCUCGUCUGGGGGUUUCAGAGACAGUACAUCACACAAUUUGUAUUUGAGUAUCGAUCAUCUGACGUUAAUCGCUGACGGCACAACGACCAAAACAGCUUCUGUGUCGGAAGUUGUACACUCGGAAACUUUAACGAUGACCAUGUAUGUAUCGUCUCAAAUCACCACGUUGCCUGAUGUUGUUGGUACGGCAUCAUCUGAGGACACAAGACCUACAUCAACUAUUGUCAGCGAUCCUCUGGAGCCGGAGUCAAGCACACAGGUUUCCAACCUUGAUCUGGAUCCAUCUAGCGUGGCACCAAGUACUGGUCCACCUUCCCCGAAAGAGCGCCACCGUGUUUGCGUAUGCAUGCACCCUCUGACGUCGAUGACAGUCGACGUCGGUGGCAAUAUCUUGGACCGAAAGAAAAUAUCCUCCUACAGAAGGUCCAAGACUUCGGCCAGAGAUGAUCGUGUUUCGGCCAGAACUAUCGGCGCUUCAGGACUUGCCAUCAUCCUAAUCGUCACAGUGCCCAUCGUUUGUGUAGAUGUGGACAUGAUGAUACGAGCGACGGGGCGAUGCAGAAAACGUCAAGCGCUUUGAAUGUUUAGUUGUAUGUGUUGUAGAAGCGGAAUAAGCUUUGAGUGUAUUCCAUACUACUUAGCACACAGUCAAAACACCGUUGUAUCGAAGUUGAGGUAACUGCAUCGAGUCAUCCGAAGUUCGGCUGAACCACCAGGUGAGCUUGGCAUACGUUAACUGAUUCACACUGAGAAGCACAAAUGCAAACGAGAAAAUGAAACUAAUGCCUAUUGAUUUAAUGGAAAAAUGACUUAAGCGACCACCGUAACCACCUCAGAGAUCAAAGUAACGAAGUAAUGCGCAGGUACCAAGUAUUUACUUUGAGACAAGCGGCAUUUCAAAGGUCGACACAAAGGUGCAUAUAUUUAUCGGGUAUAUUUUGGAAAGGGAAAUCCGAUUUCGUAUAACUACAACAAGAAUACUGCCACAUAAGUGACAGAUUUAAAAAGUUGAUGAUGGGAAUAUACAGCAUUGCUUCUAAUACACAUUGCCUCUACGAGGUACUCUUUUAAAUGAAAUUUAUAAACUAUGUUUUGUUUGGUUAGCUCAGUCUUCAAAAGCUUUUACGACUCAGUGUAUAAUCUUCUUUCUGUUUUCUGCUUCGUUAAUUUGAUUACAAAGAUCCGGGUUAGA